AGGGUUCUUACAUUUGGAUUUUGUGUCGAGUUUUCUCGCAAACAUUUGCUUGACCGAAUGAACUGAUGUCUUGACAUCACAAUACGGGGCCCGUUCUCCCCGGCGUGAUGGAUGAGGAUGAUAAUUACAUAGAUCCCACUGCCAUUUGGUCAAGAUAUGGAGUGGAAUCCGACCGGAGUCAUCGUGUUCAAUUGCGGCCAUACUUCGAGGACCAAUCGACAUUUAUCGAAGAUCCCGAUGUUGAAGAUGAUUUUGAAGAACCCUUUCCUUCCAGCGAUGAAGAUGAAACGGAAGAGCUGCCGAUCCACACGGAAAGCGUCGUGGAACUCACGAGGUUGUGCUACUCGCUCAAUGAUCAGCUUAAGCAGUUGUGCUUUACACUUCAAGAAAUAUUGCCUUCUUAUUCAUCUCAUCUCACCAAACUGGCUGCGGAAAGAGCCAUGAUCUCUGCCGAGAAUGGAUCAAAAAGAAUCGAUGUUUGGUCUACGAGUAAUGAUGAGCCGCACGAUGUGGACGCUUGCGAUGAAUAUUUCCAAAUGCCUACGAUGUACUUCAGCUUCCCGGAUGAGUCGUGUGGUUAUCCAAAUUUUCCUCAUCAAGGGAAUACGUUUGCCUCUACAUUGAUGGACCAGAUGCGAGGAUGGCAAGUUACUCAACAACGAACUCUGAUUGAAUGCAUCCGAAGCGAAGCCCUGGACGAGGAAUGCAACCGUGCCGAACUGAACGCUCAAUUUCCACGGCUCCUGGAAAUAUCUGAUCAAGCUUUCGACAAAGAGCUGUCAAAGAUCAGGGAACGAGUAGCUAGAGCCGUAGAACUUCCUUUGGUGGAUCUUGUCGGACCCCGUACUCGGCAAUUCGAUUGGAUGAAGAUAGUGAAUUCGGAGCAGUUUCAGGUGAUUCAUGAACGUCUGAUCCAAUCGUAUCGUCCAGAAGCUGCGGAGCUCAUGUGGAGAAAUGCGCUCCAUCCGAGUAUUAAUCGAAGUCGCUGGACCUUCAAGGAAGACUUGCUUUUGAGGAAACUUGUCACUGAAAUGGGGCUGUAUUCGUGGGACGAAGUUGCAAAGGUGGAAUACAUGAUUCUGAAUGAGCUUCACGAUGUGCCUCGUCCUCAGAAAAUGGAAACCCGUUCGGCCUACAGUUGCGCCUGUCGUUUCCACACGUGUCACAACGCGAGCAUUCGUGAGAACGUCUUCACACCGUCGGAAGACCAACAACUCGUCUCUGCAGUUCGUCAAUGGCAAUCCCCACGAAACGGGCUCAUCAAUUGGGAACGAGUCAAAGACUCUUUCGACACCGCUUACACCAGUGUUGACAUCAAGAGCCGGUUUUUUGAGCUAAAUUCCCCGCAAUUCGAUUCCUCGCCGUGUGACGAGAAAACUUUGGCGUCUUUGAUGGCAUUCUUCACACUAUUCCCGUUGAGUUACGAAAAUUGGGCUGAGGUGACGCGACUGCGACAUCCCAAGAAGAUGAGGACAGAGUUUUCUAUGUUUCUUGGCGAGUACAGGAAAAGGCGGGUCGGGUCUCAGAAGAAGCCCUGGAGGAAGUCAUAUGACGUGGAGUUGCUGAACCAUGUUAUUAAAAGCGGCGAGGCUUUGAAGGGGUGUUUGUUGAGGGCAAAUUGCCCGAGGCAAGUGAUGGCUGAGCGGCUGGAGUUGUUGAAGAAGGUGAUCAUUGACGAAGGUGGCACGCUGGAUGACGAACGUCUGCAGGGGUCUUAUUACAAUACUCGAGAAGUGGCUGAUAGGGACGGCAGACUCUCCAAGGCAUUCUCCAUGAUGACAGAGUGCUUGAGGCAGGCCUGGGGGGACUGGGGCCAGGCGGAGAAACAGUCCGAGCUGCAAACUGAUCCCUACGAACCAUCUGUCAAGUACAAGAUUUACAAACACUGCUUGGAGCUACUGGGUGUUCCGAAUAAACCGAGACUGGGAAGCACGUGUGUGGUUUUCAAUCGGUCGAAUCAUUGUCCACUCGAAGACCGAAGUAUAUCUCAGUUGCCGAAAACAUUCAUCAAUGACCGCAUCUUGGAAGGCGUGGGAUCUCAAUUGUGGACGCGAGCCGUGAGCAUUCUGGCCCUGUACAACGACCUGAGCACCCGACGGAGAAAGUUCGAGUUUGACCGCGUGACCGCGCGACACCGUACGUGUUUUAUGAAGCGAUCCCACGCCGAAGAUUUCUCGCAGUUGGUGUCGAUUGCGACGUGUUUGUUGCGUGUCGACGGUGUCGCGUGUCCGUCGGCUCUGGGUGACCUCGUUCGUCGAGUGACGGCCGAAAACUUUUGGGAGUACGCUGGGACGGAUGUGACGCCUUGGAACGUCCACACCGAUCGGGGUAUCGCAUUUGCGCCUGUGAAAGUGAAGACGAAUGUUGUCCUGCUUUCGAGACUGAAGAAGGAGAUGUUGGGGAAGAUGAGCGAUUUCGUGUUCAGCAAAUUGUUCGGCGCCAGAAUCCUCGACACUGACAUUUUCGACAAAAUCGAGUAUCCAUUCUUCCCACCCUGUAUGGCGACUAUGACUGGCUACGAGAUCAUGAUGAUGUCGUUCCAGCUGAAGAAGUUAUCCCGGCAAAUGACUUCUUUAGUGUCGUUCAAGCGGAAGUACGCGGAUUUGUUGCCAUUUGCGGAAAAGAUGGGGGCGUGUCGACCUCGAAAUGCGAAAUGCCUCGAAAUGCGACCUCGAAAUCGAAAUGCCCGUCAGGAGAAGGAAAACGUUGCUUCCGAAGAGGACACGACCGAAACUCUUUCUCCUGUGCCACGGAUCAUCCGAUCUGACGAUCCUGUGUUUGUCCGGAAGCCAGUGGCGACGUAUUCUCGGAAACGCAAGGCACCGGAGGCAGAUUCGGAAGCCGUCGUAGCGAAACUCGCGUCCAUUUCCGACGAGAGACCAUCAGCUGACCGGAAUGUGUCCGGUCUUGGUGACGCGUCGUUUCGAGUUCCGGACGUUGGAACCUUGUCCCCGGACGAUGCGGGACGGUGGCUGGAAGGCGUCGUGACUGCUUUGUUUGCUGCUCCUUGUAAGCCCAGAGGUCUGAGGACAGCCCGCAAGCACGUGGACCACCGCAGAGUGCAAGUGUGGGCAGACAAGGACCACAAGAAGUCCAAUUUGGGAACCAGAUGGAAGGCCAAUCCUUUCCAGGGUGCCUCUCAUGCCAAGGGUAUUGUGCUGGAAAAAGUGUGA